AUGUAAUUAGAGUAAAGAUUAUCUAAAAUUGAGAAAUUAACUGAGCAAUUAUUAGGAAGAAUCUGCGAGCUUGAGGAUUAAUAAGGAGAUUUGUAAGAUCAAAUUAAAAAAUUAAAAACAAAGGUAUUCAUUAACAUUAACAAAUAGAACUAACAAUUAGAAUAGGAAAUAGCAGGAUUAAAAAAUAGAACUGAAGAAAUUCAAGAAUCAUGGCUGUUUUAUUGCGAUAAAAGUAAGAUGAUGCAUCUUAAGUAAUAGAAAGACCAUUAAAUAAUAUUAAACAAACAUUGUAGAUUGAGUCUGAUAUAGUGAGGGAGUUCGAUUAUUAGAGUUGGGUUACCGAGGACAUCAUGUGGAGAUAAAUAAUAAAGAAUAUUUCAAGAGAAUAACAUAAGGAUAUAGAGAAACUAAAUGGAGCCCAAUUGAAAUAGUUGGCAAUGUAGAAAUUGAAAGAAAAUAUUGAUAACGAGGUGUUGUUUGUGUUACGAAAUGUUAAUAAAGAAAAUGAAAAAAUGAAUGAAUUGAUUGAGUUGUGUGCUAUAUUUACUCAAUUGUGGUAUGAGAUCGAAUUGGGAGGAGAGCAAUGUUAAGGCAGAUUGAUAUUGGUUAUAGAGAGUGAAGUUAAUCUGGAUAAAUUAGAAUUGACUAGACAAGAUAAUUCUAAAGUGAUUUUGCAAAUAGAAAAAUUAUAAAAUUGAAUUAUAUUGAUGAUGAC